AUGACCAAAAAGGACAAAGUGCUAAUCCAUUCGGGUACUGGGGGCGUUGGUCAAGCCGCGAUCUACAUUGCCCUUUACGAAGGUUGCGAAGUGUUUACAACAGUUGGAACCGCCGAAAAACGACAGUUUAUAAGAGAAACGUUUCCCUCUAUUCCGGAAGAAAAUAUUGGAAACUCUCGCGACACAAGCUUUGAACAAAUGAUUAUGCAGCGUACAGGAGGUCGUGGAGUAGAUAUCGUAUUGAAUUCUUUAGCCGAAGAGAAAUUGCAAGCAUCUAUUCGCUGUCUAGCAAAUGGUGGCCGCUUUUUGGAAAUUGGAAAAUACGAUAUGAUUUCUAAUAAUCCACUGGACACAUCUACUUUCUCUAAAGGCAUCAGCUUCCAAGCCAUUUUAUUAGACAGAAUGUUUUAUAUAGAGUCGAAUGACAAAAUACAAGUGUACAAGGGAAUCGCAGAUUAUUUGGAAAAGGGUAUUAUUAAACCGCUAAAUAGAAAAGUCUUUGAAAAAAAUGAGGUAGAAGCUGCAUUUAGAUAUAUGGCUACUGGAAAACAUAUUGGCAAGGUAAUAAUAAAAAUUCGGGAAGAAAAUGAGCCUUUGGAUGCUCCUCUACUCGCUCAUCCGCAAUAUUAUUGCUUGGGACACAAGUGCUACGUUAUUUUGGGUGGACUAGGUGGUUUUGGUUUAGAGCUUGCAGACUGGUUGAUUCGUCGAGGGGCAAAAAAUCUGGUAUUGACAUCACGAAGCGGGAUAAGAACCGGUUAUCAGCUAUCGAGAGUAAAGCUGUGGCAAUCUAAAGGCGUGGAUGUACAGAUCGUUACAGUCGACGAUACUUCGAAACACGAAGAGUGCGAAUUUAUAUUGAAACUUGCUGAAAAAACAGCACCAGUGGAUGCUAUAUUUAAUCUUGCGGUUGUUUUAAGAGAUUGCAUAUUUCAAAAUCAAUCGCAGCAAACAUUCAAGGAUUCAUUCAAGUCGAAAGCAUGGAUGACGAAAAAAAUGGAUGAAUUGUCGAGAAAGAUCUGUACACAACUUAGACAUUUUGUCGUGUUUUCCUCCGUCUCGUGUGGAAGAGGGAACGCAGGCCAGACGAAUUAUGGGAUGGCUAAUUCCGUAAUGGAAAGAAUCUGCGAAAAGAGGAUGGAGGAAGGAUUACACGGUUUAGCAAUACAAUGGGGUGCUAUUGGUGAUGUUGGACUCGUUGCGGAUAUGCAAGAAGAAAGUAAGGAGUUAGUUAUUGGAGGUACAUUGCAACAACGAAUAUCUUCCUGUUUGGAUACAUUAGAAGUAUUUCUCCUACAAGACCGAUCUGUAGUAAGCAGUAUGGUUGUUGCUGAAAAAGGCACAAAUAUCAGCGGAUCAAUGAAUAUUUAUGAGACGGUUGCUCAUAUUAUGGGAUUGGAAAAUACAAAUACAAUAGCGCAAAACAUAACUCUAGCCGAACUGGGUAUGGACUCAAUGAUGGCAGUAGAAAUUAAGCAGACCUUAGAAAGAGAAUUCGAUGUCGCUUUGUCGGCACAAGAUAUUCGAACUCUUACUUUCGCUAAACUUAAACAAAUGACAGAUACAACCGAUCAAAGAGAGAUUGAUGACAUAAAUGGCAUAAGUAAUUCAGAGGGUUUGGACACACUGGUUCAAAUAAUUGAAAAUUCAGAUUUGAUUCCGGAUGUUCUUGUAGAACUUCCUACAAAGAAGGAGAUUGGUAGGGGCAAUGUAUUUCUCAUACCAGGAAUCGAAGGAUGUUCAAGCGCAUAUAAAUCUAUAGCCCCAAAAAUUAAACGUUCAGCAAUGUGUAUACAACAUGGUGCACUUAAUAUCCCCGGCCAAACUCAUUCAGUGAUGAAGUCAGCCGCUCAUUUGUUGCCUUACAUAUUGAAGAAAAUGGGAAAUGAAAAGGAAUUUUUAAUAGUGGCUCAUUCAUUUGGCUGCUUGAUUGCUGUCGAAUUGGUGAGAUUAUUGGAAGCUAAUAAUUUCUCUGGACGAUUAAUACUAAUAGAUGGAGCUCCUGAACAAAUGAAAUUUUCGAUAGCUCAAUAUUUUGGCGGUGUUUCGCAAGAAGAAGAAUUACAAAAUUUGAUAUUACUUGAUUUAUUGGAACUGUACACUACAAUUAAUCAGGAAAUGGUUGCACUAGAACUGGCCAAAUGUAACACUUGGGAUGAGAAAUUAGAAAUAGCCCACACUUACUUUCCGAAGGAAGUAAAUGCAUUGACUCUCGAAAAUCAAAAACUUGUAUGUUUGACAAUUUACGAACAUGUAAUCGCUGUACAGAAUUAUGAUAUAUCUUCAUUACCACGCCUUAAAUCACCUAUAACAUUGUUAAAACCCACACUUGUUACUAUCCCUUUUAUUGAAGAGGAUUACGGCUUACAUAAGAUUACCGAAGGUGAAGUGAAAAUUUGUUAUGUGGAAGGUACUCACGUUACAAUGAUAGAAAACAACAAAACCAUAUUAGCUAUUAAUGAGGAAUUGAUGAAAUAAUAAUAAGUUCAUACUAUUAUACAUUUGAAUAUAAUUGCAUAUAUGU